UUCCGGCCUGCGCGGAGGGCCGCUUUCCUUUCCAGCCGGAAGCCGCCCAGGAGGAGCACGUUGCCGCGCCAGCUGCGCCAUGCCGCCCAAAGACGACAAGAAGAAGAAGGACGCGGGCAAGUCCGCCAAGAAGGACAAGGACCCCGUCAACAAGUCCGGCGGCAAAGCCAAGAAGAAGAAGUGGUCCAAGGGGAAGGUGAGGGACAAGCUGAACAACCUGGUCCUCUUCGACAAAGCCACCUACGACAAGCUCUGCAAGGAGGUGCCCAACUACAAGCUCAUCACGCCCGCCGUGGUCUCAGAGAGGCUGAAGAUUCGAGGGUCGCUCGCGCGGGCUGCGCUACAGGAGCUCCUGGGCAAAGGUCUAAUUAAACUGGUCUCCAAGCACAGAGCACAGGUCAUCUACACCCGAAACACCAAGGGAGGUGAUGCACCAGCGGCAGGAGAGGAUGCUUGAGAAGAUUCUCAAAUGGCUUUCAGUUACUUGUAUACACAAAAAAAUUAAUUGAUUAAACUCUUUGAGGCUUUGUAAUGAUCUCAGCAAGUGCCAAUUAUUAUGCAAGGGGUAAUAUGGCUCUACUGUUUUUGAAUAACAAAAAGAUUUGCAGAAUUUGGGUUCAUGAAAAUAAAACAUUAUGAAAGCAUUGGCUUUA